AUGCGGUGCCCUGAGGCCGGAAAGCCUAUAAUUAAAUUCAAUCACUGCCAGAAAUAUAUCUACAGCUUCAGUGUGCCGGAGCGCUGCCCCCUCUGCCAGCAGGACGUGGGCUCGAGUAAGCUGGAGGAAGCCCCUGUCAGCAUCUCUAACCCCUUUACCAAUGGCCAUCAAGAGAAAUGUACCUUCCUCCUCAGACCAACUCAGGGGACCUUUCUUAGGGAGUAUGAUGGAAGGUCUGAUCUUCAUGUUGGAAUAACCAACACAAAUGGAGUUGUGUAUAAUUACAACAUACAAGGUGUCCACCGAGAUGAAGCAGGGUGGGAACAGAGUAUAAGUAUCCCAUUAUUGCAGCCCAACAUGUAUGGACUAAUGGACCAAUGGGACAGGUACCUGGAGGAAUUCUCAAACUUGGGGGCAUGGCUGCCUCACAGGUAUGAGGAAGACCUCCACAAUUGCUACAGUUACACCCUCACAUUCAUUAACUGCAUCCUGAGCACAGAGGGCAAAGAACAGCUGAACAAGAACGACUUCACAGAGAAAUAUGUGCUCCCAUGGACAAGGAAGGCCUCCAAGUACAUCACACUCUACCGGGCCAUAGAAGAGCAGGGCUUCUACGUGACUGAUCAGCCCCAGCAAGAGGCAGGCCCUCCCUAA